AUGGAAAAUUUAUAACAAAAUAAUAAAUGUUAAGAAUUAACGAGAAGUUUGAUAAAAUAAAUUCAAGAGGUAAUUUAAUUUUUUAAUUCAUAUAGGUUUUCAUUCAGCAUUUAUCAAUAUAAUUUUUUGAAUAAAAAUGA